AUGAGAGUUUUGUGCGUUGCUGAGAAGAAUUCAAUUGCUAAAGCGGUUUCUCAAAUUUUGAGUGGUGGUAAUUCUAAUGCACGUGAUUCUGGGUAUAUGUAUGUUAAAAAUUAUGAUUUUAGAUUUAAUGGAUUCCCAUUUAUAAAUGACAGGGACUGCGAUGUGACGAUGACCAGUGUUGCUGGUCAUCUUAUGGGAAUUGAUUUCCCAAAUGACAGAUAUGGUUGGGGCAAGUGUCCGGUACAUGAAUUAUUCGAUGCGCCAUUAUUACAAGUUUAUGAUAAGAAUCAAAAAAAAAUUGCAGAUAACAUUAAAAAGGAGGCAAGAAACGCAGAUUUCCUGAUGAUUUGGACGGAUUGUGAUAGAGAAGGUGAAUAUAUAGGUUGGGAAAUAUUCCAAGAAGCGAAAAAGGGUAAUAGACGUCUUAAUGAAGACCAAAUGUUUAGAGCUAAUUUCUCUCAUUUAGAGAGAUCUCAUAUUUUAUAUGCUGCAAGGAAUCCGAGAAGGUUGGAUAUGAAUAGUGUCAAUGCAGUAGAAACAAGAAUGGAGAUAGAUCUGCGAGCAGGGGUUACAUUCACUCGUCUUUUAACCGAUACAAUGAAGAAUAAAGUGAGUGCUACAAUUCAAAUGAAUUCUGGUCCUAACGCUAAAAAAGAAAAUGUAGUAAUAUCGUAUGGUACAUGCCAAUUCCCGACGUUGGGGUUCGUUGUAGACAGAUAUGAAAGAAUACGGCACUUCAUACCAGAAGAGUUUUGGCAUAUACAACUCCAGAUCGAAAACAAAGAUAAAAAUGGUGGUGAAUUUACAACGUUUCAGUGGGAAAGGGGACAUAUAUUUGAUAGAUUAACGGUUCUCACAUUUUAUGAAGUUUGUUUGGAAUUAGCGGGUAAUCAAGCAAAGGUAAUAGAUUUGAAAUCGAAACCAACAUCUAAAUACCGUCCUCUUCCAUUAACUACUGUUGAACUCCAAAAAAAUUGUGCAAGAUUUUUAAGACUAAAUGCAAAACAAUCUCUUGAUGCAGCUGAAAAACUUUACCAGAAAGGGUUUAUAUCUUAUCCAAGAACUGAAACUGAUAUUUUUCCACAGACAAUGAAUCUAAAGUCAUUAGUUGAGAAACAGGCUCAAUUAGAUCAGGGAAACCAUAGGUCACCUUGGGCUGCAUAUGCAGAGCAACUAAUAUCAGAUGCGCCAGGAACAAAUAAGUUUAAAUUUCCAAGAAGUGGUACACAUGAUGAUAAAGCGCAUCCUCCAAUUCAUCCAAUUAUCAGCUUAGGAGCUAAAGCGACUAAUAUAACACCAGUGGAAAGGUCUGUGUAUGAGUAUGUAGUACGACACUUUUUAGCCUGCUGCUCCGAAGACGCUAAGGGUUUAUCAACAACAUUGACAUUAGAUUGGGCAGGUGAAAAAUUUACUGCUAGUGGGUUGGUCGUUUUAGAAAGAAAUUUUCUUGAUGUUUAUCCUUGGGCUAAAUGGGAAUCGACAAAGCAAUUACCACGUCUUGAGAUGAAUGAAAUCUGCACAAUUGGAAAAGCUGAAAUGAAAUCUGGUAAAACAUCUCCUCCUAAACCAAUGACAGAAUCAGAAUUAAUUUCUUUAAUGGAUGUUAAUGGAAUAGGAACAGAUGCUACUAUUGCAGAGCAUAUUGAAAAAAUUCAAGUAAGAAAAUAUAUCAAAAGUGAAAAGUCAGGCAAAGAAACGUAUUUACAACCUACAACUUUAGGAAUAGCAUUAGUUCAUGGAUUUGAAGAAAUCGGUUUGGAGGAUUCAUUUGCCAAACCCUUUCAAAGAAGGGAAAUGGAAGAAGAAUUGAAAAAGAUUUGUGAAGGGAAUCGUACUAAAAAUGAAGUUGUCGUAGAUAUUGUUGAAAAGUAUAAGAAGUACUGGAUAAAAACUAAUGGUUCCAAAAAUACUUUGCUUGAAGUAUUUGACAGAGUAAGAAGAACGGUAAUUUAG